AUACAUUACGUAUUGUAGAAAACUGGCGACCUGGCAACACUAGGAUGACAUAUCCCAGAAGGCCAGAGCGCACCCGGAAGUAACGUAGGAAGUCAAAGGUUGCAGUUCAAUUAGCUAGCUAGCUAAAUCCCGAGCUACAGUUGUUUUGACAGAGAAGCAGUGCUGUUAUCUGGGGCACAGCACCAGGCGACUGGGAAUCCUUGCAGUUUCGAAAUGUUUCGUUUGCAGCUCUGUUAAAGAGGACAAAUAUAUUUAUUUCCGCUCACUUUACAGUCCCCACUGUUUCCCCAUAAACAUGACUUCCCGACGCCCAGACAGCUUCGACGGGUUAGGUUACAGGGGCAGGGAGGAGCCGUCAUACGGCGGAGGCUAUUCGGGAAGGUCGUUUAACAGUUCAUCCAGCACUGACCUGCAGCACUGGGUCACCACGCCUCCGGACAUCCCCGGCAGCAGAAACCUGCACUUUGGUGACAGCACGCCGCAGUUUGAAGCGGCUCCUGCAGCCCCCGGGGCCGGAGACGGAGAGUUUCAGUCUGCUGCUCCACCAUCCGAUCAGUUGAACAGAUUUGCUGGUUUUGGUAUUGGUCUUGCAAGCCUGUUUACAGAAAAUGUCCUAGCCCACCCGUGUAUUGUGUUUCGACGGCAGUGCCAGGUGAAUUACCACGCCAGAUGCUACCACCUGUCACCUUUAACAGCUCUUAAUGUGAUGUACAACGUCUCCAAAACGCAGGGUCCAAAGGCUUUAUGGAAGGGGAUGGGGAGCACGUUCGUGGUCCAGGGUGUGACUCUUGGGACGGAGGGCAUCAUCAGCGAGUGCACCCCACUGCCAAGGGAGCUGCCCCACAGAUGGAAUCCUAAACAAAUCGCAGGUCACUUUAUUCUGAAGGGUUUAACACAUGUGGUUGCAUUGCCGUUUUACUCAGCAAGCCUCAUUGAAACUGUCCAGAGUGAGAUCAUUCGGGACAACCCGGGCAUCCUGGACUGUGUCAAAGAGGGCGUGGGGCGUAUCUUGGGUCUGGGCGUGCCCCACAGUAAACGCCUCCUUCCCCUGUGGGCGCUGGUCUUUCCUACCGUCCUCCACGGCGUCCUACAUUACAUCAUAAGCUCCAGUAUGCAGAAGCUGGUGCUGUACGUGCUGCGUCGCCGCAGCAGCACCAACACGUCGCCCAGACAUACCGAAUUUGGCGUGGAGACGGUCCAGAACAUGCUGGACGCCUAUUUCCCAGAGCUGAUCGCUAGCUUCGUGGCCAACCUGUGUGCUGACGUGCUGCUGUUUCCUCUGGAGACAGUGCUGCACCGACUGCAUGUUCAGGGAACUCGCACCAUCAUCGAUAACACUGACCUGGGCUUCGAGGUGCUGCCCAUUAACUCUCAGUACGAGGGGAUGAGGGACUGUAUAAACGCAAUACGACGCGAGGAGGGUCCACUGGGCUUCUACAAGGGCUUUGGGACCCUCGUGAUCCAGUACUCGCUACACGCAACAGUGCUGCAGAUCACCAAGAUGAUUUAUUCAACUCUGCUGCAAAACGCCUGAGGGAAAAAUAUAAAAUACGCCAAUCACGGGUCCUUUCUUCUCACUUUAUUUCAUCAGACUGCGUUGUUAUUUCAGAAGGCACUUGCAUGAAACUUUGAUGCAUCAGUAGUAAUGUUAGGCUGCUUUCACACUGUGGUUUUUUUUCUACAGAAAAAGUGCUGACCACGCCUCUUUGUGCUGAUAUCUAAAAAUAACCAUCUCAUGUGGCGUGCACACUGUAACCAUAACAACGCUGUUACCACUUCCAGCUUCUGAUUGUAUAGGCUGAUCAGCAAGCUUAUCUACAUAGAUUAUAUUAACAAUAAAAUGUGACGUGACAUUGUAAAUCAUAAACCUCUUUACAUUCUCUAACUAACUUUACGUUCACUCUAGCAAUGAUAAAGUGACAGAUGACCAUCGUAAGUGCUGUGGUUUGAUUGACAGCUGCAAGCGACAAAGUGACAGUGUAACAUUUGAACUGAGAUUUUCUCACUUUUAUGCAGAUUACAUAUGAUUCCUCAGACCCGUCGUAUGGUGCACAUGGUCUGAUGUUUCUUCAAUUUCCCACUCACAAUGUUAGUUCCUGUGUGUAGUUAGUUCGCAUUUAUGGAAGAAUAAGCAUGGUUUCGUCUUAUCCUGUCAAAUAAGAUGUCAUGUUAAAUGUGUAUGGAGACAUUAUGAAGAAAAAUAAAGCUUGCCUCUGGUGAGUGCAGAUAUGCAAAUGAAGUUAGCUUGUUUUGCUAAACUGUCAAUGAAAAUAAAACAAGUCUAGCACAUAAAAUGUAAAUCAAUCGAUCAGUUUUAACACAGAUUAAAGUGCUUUAUUUAAUUUUUGUUUAAAUAGUUAGAAUGAGAAGCUACAUAGCUACUAAUUUUCUCAUCUGAACUGAGCAAGCGACAACAGAGACACACCCACGAGAGACAAACUAGAGUGUAAGAACAUUACUAGCACUCAGUCUUCCAUGUCUGUUUUUCCUCGCUUGCCCCAGCAGUGUGUUUUUAAACCAACAUUUCAACCACUAUGACGGGAAAAAAAACUCGGAGGCGGCUGUGCAUGUUAAUCCUUCUAUUCACGUCAGAAUGACCGUGAAGCACAAUUAGAUGACUAAAUGAACCACUUUUCCGUCGUCAAUCUUUAUGUGCUUGAUGUAGUUUGAUUUAUAGUAGAUAGUAGUAAAAAGUUCAGUCUAAUACACAAAGUUUCCAGAAUGUUUCAGACAAAAGUCAGUCCUACAACAGAGAUUAGAGAUUACGUUCAGCUAAUUUUGCUCUCAGGGUAAAGUGAAAAAUGAGUGGAUUGAGUGGUAAAUGUUGCCACUAAGGGAGAGCCCCAAACAUCUGAUAGCCUGUUUCCAUCAAUACCAUUGUUUCCGUCAGACCAAUAAUAAAUACAACUUUAAUAAAAAUUAAUAAUAAUAAUUUGGUUGUCUCUGGGAACCAAAAUCGGGAUUCCAAACUAGAACCCUUUUAAAAAGCUACAAAGCGUUAAAUAUGAAUAAUCCUGUUUCAUAGAGUGUAGUGAACAGAACAUAAGUGUUAUUGAACAUAAGUGUUCUCAUAGGAUUAGGUAUAAAAUGUGCACUGAAAGUUGAGAGAGAAAAAAUUCCUAGUUUGAAAGCAGCCUUAAUAUUGAGGAUUUGCUGCUCAAUAUGUGGCUAAAAGUCAUUAAUUCUACUAGAUCAGCACAACUGUGUGUGUGUGUGUGUGUGUGUGUAGCUUUCUACUCUCACUUUGUCCUCUUUUACUAAUGUAAAUUUUGCUCUUGUUGAAGACAGUUUCUCUCACUGUGGUGUGCUUGCAGCGUUUUCUGGACUAACUCAGAUCCUAGAUUUCCACAUGCUUACAUAGAUGUGCUUUCACUUUUUCUAAAACACAGACUUUUGCAGAUGAGUUGAUUUGGUGUGUUAAAUGAAGUCAGAUGCUACACUCUUCAGGACCAGUGUCUAGAGAUUGAUUGUACAUGAACAAUAUACAAAUUGUAAAGUGUUGUUUAGUCAUUUGCACCCUGAUGAAUAAUUGUAAUGAUGUGUAAAUUAGUGAAAACGUUUCCAUCCGCUUUCUGCCACGUUACUGCAAGGAUACAGUAUAACGCGCCAUAUCGCAAUAGCACUGAUUAUAGUUAUUGUGUCAAAUUUUGACAGCAGCACUUUUUUUGGAAGCCAAUGUAAUGUUUUAGCUGCAGUUAACAGAAAAAUAAUAUAUAUACAAUAUUGGGUACUGUGAUUGACAAUAAAUGUAUGUAAUCA